ACAAGUCUCUCCAGUCUAGUCUAAUGUCAGCGUACGGCCAAUAGCGCUCGUAGUGACGCUGCAGUAGGUUGGCCCUUCGCUUGCAUUCAUAAACGGAUAUUAUAGCUAAGCGUUGAAUGUACUAGCUACAGAUACAGUCAAGUCGGACCAUGGCGGAAGAAGAGGACACGAAAAUACGGAUUUUACAAAGCCUGCGGGGAAAGAUAUGUGAAGGCAAGAACCUGGGUCCGUGUUCGGGGCCCAACCGACAGCGGGACCUCUGCACCUUCUGCACCAUCAGCCUGGACCAGGAGGAGGUAUUCCGGACCAAGGUGUUUGACAAAAGCCUCAGCCCUUUCUACGGUGAGGACUUCUACUUUGAGAUCCCACGACCAUUUCAGUGUUUGUCCUUCUACGUAUUCGCCAAGGGUGUUUUUCAGAGGGACCUGCCUGUCGGGAAAGUGUCCAUCCGGAAGGAGGAACUGUGUAAAUUCAGUGGGAAGGAGCACUGGUUCGGCCUGCAGCCCGUGGACCCUAACUCUGAAGUCCAGGGAAAGGUCCACCUGGAGAUGCGUCUGAAUGAACUGAUCAUAGAGAAUGGCUCCAUGUGCCAGCAGCUACUGGUUCGGAUAAUAGAAUGCCAGGGCUUGCCUCUGAUCAGUGGACAGAACUGUGACCCGUAUGCCACUGUCUCGCUCGUUGGGCCUGCCAGGUCUGACCAGAAGAAAACAAAGGUGAAAAAGAAGACCAGCGACCCUCAGUUUGAGGAAACCUUUAACUUUGAGGUCACAAGGCCCAACAGUUACACAAAAAAGUCUAAUUUCCAAGUAGAGGAGGAGGACAUUGAAAAGCUGGAGAUCAAAGUUGACUUGUGGAACAAUGGGAAUUUGGCGCAGGAUGUCUUCCUUGGGGAGACGCGGGUAUCUGUCAAGAUCCUGCGAAAUGACCACAUUCACAGGGCCUGGUAUCUCCUCCAGCCUAAAGGGAACGGGAAGUCCAAGACGGACGACCUGGGCUCUCUGAGGCUCAACGUAACCUACACCGAGGACAAUGUGCUGCCAUCCGCCUGCUACACACCGCUCCGCACGCUGCUGCUCAAGUCCCCAGACAUUAAGCCCAUCUCGGCGUCAGCAGCCCACAUUCUGGGGGACAUCUGCAGGGAGAGGUAUGAGGCGGUGCUGCCCGUGGUCCGCCUGCUGCUCCACCACAGCCGCCUGGUGCCCUUCGUCUCCGCCAUCACUGUCCUGGAACUGGAGAACACUCAGGAGGCCAACACCAUUUUCCGUGGCAACUCCCUGGCAACGCGCUGCAUCGACGACAUGAUGAAGAUUGUAGGGCGGAGCUACCUGACCGUCACCCUGAAGCCUGUAUUGGAUGAGAUUUGUGACUCCAACAAAACCUGUGAGAUUGACCCGAUCAAACUGAAAGAGGGAGACAACGUUGAGGUCAACAAGGAGAACCUGCAGGGGUACGUUCAGAAGGUGUUCUCGUCCAUCACCCAGUCCAGCUCCAGCUGUCCCCCGCUCAUGUGUGACGUGUUCCGCUCGCUGCGUCACAUGGCCUCCAAGCGGUUCCCUGAUGAUCCUCACGUCCAGUAUUCGGCAGUCAGCAGCUUUGUGUUCCUGCGCUUCUUCGCCGUCGCCGUUCUCUCGCCACACACCUUCCAGCUCCGCCCACACCAUCCUGACCUUGAGGUCUCCCGAACACUCACUCUCAUCUCCAAGACCAUCCAGACUCUGGGGAGCUGGGGGAGCCUGUCCAAAAACAAACUGUCUAGUUUUAAAGAAUCCUACAUGUAUGAUUUCUUCAAAUCAUUCCAAGAAGACAAAUGUAUUGAAAAAGUAAAAAAGUUCCUAGAUGAGAUCUCCUCCAACGUCAGUAAGGAGUCCAGCGGGGUGGAAGACUCUGUGGUUCUCAAAGAGGGGGAGAUACAGAAGCGGGCCCAGGGAAGGAAACGCAUCGGCAAGAGGAACUUCAAGAAGAGGUGGCUCAGAGUGACCAACAGGGAGCUCUCCUACCACAAGCACAGAGGGAAAGAAGCACUCUGCAUUAUCCCAGUGAAGAAUAUCCGGGCUGUGGAGAAACUGUACGAAAGUGCCUUUAACCGCAAAAAUAUGUUCCAGGUGCUCCACAGUGAGAAGCCACUGUACGUGCAGGCGGGGAACUGCGUGGAGGCCAGUGAGUGGGUGGAGGUGCUGAGCCAAGUGAGCCGCUGUAACCCGGACCGCCUGGGCACCUUCCACCCCUCAGCCUACGUGGCGGGGGCCUGGCUCUGCUGCAGGAGCCUGAGCGACAACCAGCCGGGCUGCAAGCCCUGCACACCCACCUUGCUGGCUAACCUGCAGCUGGACAUCGACUGUGACCGCGAGACGGAGAGAAUCUUCUCCCUCCUCACCUCCAGCUACUCCAAGCUGCAGAAGAUGGAAGAUGCGUGUGCCAGCAUCGCUGUGUACCAGGGACCUCCGAGGGAGCAGGACGACUACUCCCUGUUCACCAUCCAGGACCCCAAGGAGACAUUCCACACAGUGCAGCAGAUCACACACAUCCUGGAGGAGCUGCAGAGAGAGCACGACACUCGCAGCGGCACCGCGCAGUACGGCAGCCAAGAGAAUCCGAUAGUUGGGAAGACAUCCUAACCAGUCUAGGUGGGUCUGUCUGGCCUGAGUUCAACACUGGAGCCCCAGGGUGGCACCGUCGGGAUUGGUAGUGAGAACGCUGCCUGCCUCCGCGAAUACCAUGUGACUGGACGGACUGUCCAAUAGAGGAAGUUAGAAUUGUCACCUGACCAGAAGCUCUCAUUGGUUCAGAAGAGGAGACCCUUAGUUGUUUUUUAAAAUUAUCUUUCCCCGCCUGUCUCCAUCCCUCUCUCGUUCUCACACACCACUGCCCUAAUCAGAGGAGAAUGUGCUUGCUCUCGUCUUCUACUUGAUUUGCACAACAAAACUCAAUCAUUUCAUUGAAAUCUCCCCUUUUUCUACAGUUCGGUGAAGACCAGACAACACCAUUAGUUGGUGUGUGCGUGUGUGUGAAUAGGCUGCUAAAAUAAUCCCUUUUAUACACAAUGUUUUCGAUCAUCAACCAUCAAGAUGAAGCUCUCAAUCUCUUGGGGCUUCACUGUUUGACGUCUGUUUACAACUAAACAGCAAGCUGAUUUUGUUUCUCAUUUUCUAUAAAAGGGAAUUUUUCUCUCCUUCCUCCUCCUCUACCCACCUCUAUAUUUUGUGCUUUGAACAAAUGCAGGUGUUUCAGAGUACAGUUAAGUGGAUGAAACCGAUCUGCCUUAUUUUUCUUAGUGGAUGUAUGUGUAAAAGUCUCUCACAUCCAUCCUCGGGUUAGGGAAUAAUGCCCAAGCACUUUACAUAUUUGGAAUAUUCCAGAUGGCAUCAUUUUAGAUACGUGGUAUCAGUAAACCCCCCCCACAUUGAUCAGUUAAAUGAUCUCGUUUACGUUCUCGUUUCCAUUCCUGUACGAUGACGUUUAUAGCCUGUAGAUUUUAAUAGCUAUUUUUCUUACACCAAAGAUGAAAAUUUCGUAGGAUCGACUUGGGAAAAAAGGGUAUAAAUGUAUUUUGCAAUACAGACUUUUUGAAAAUGGAGAGAAAUGCAGGAUAUAUUUAGUUCAUGUACAUUUUGGUAAAUGCAUUGUUCCUCCUUUUAACGAUGUAGACGAUUUGAUUGAGUAACGUUCUAAUGUUCUCUGGAAAUGCAGAGGGACCGUGGUCGGUAGUCUGACAACCGCUUCACCAUGUAGUGAUGUCACUGCAUAUCAAUCACCAUAAAUCACAACAAGAUAGACAAUCCCCUUCACUUGCCAAUCUAGCCCCUUAGAUAGUCAUCACUGCAUCACUGGCCCACAUUAACUAGUAGUCAAAGCUCAGGGAUGAUAGACGAGUUUCCCACUAGUACACUGAACAAAAACAUAAAUGCAAGAUGCAACAAUUUCAAAGAUUUUCCUGAGUUACAGUUCAUGUAAGGAAAUCAGUCAAAUGAAAUGAAUUCAUUAGGCCCUAAUCUAUGGAUUU